CGGAGGCGGCGGCGGCAUGUGCGUCCCCGGCAACCUCUGGCCCCGCCCCGCCUCUCGCCUCGAGGUCAGUCCCAUUUAAGCGGCGUGAUGCCACCUCGUAGACUGACAGCGUUCAAAGAGUUUUACACGUGACAAGAUUCAGACUGCUUAUCGUAGGUGCGGUUGGUUUGCAAACUUGGAACUUGGCCAGACAUGAACCCCGAGGUAGACUACGGUGCUCCCGGAAGUAGUGGCAACGGAAAGUUGCGACAGUGGCUGAUUGAGCAGGUGGAUUGUGGGAAAUAUCCCGGUUUGGUCUGGGAGAACGACGAGAAAAGCAUCUUCAGGAUACCGUGGAAACACGCCGGCAAACAGGACUACAACCGGGAUGAGGAUGCCGCGCUUUUCAAGGCGUGGGCGCUAUUUAAAGGCAAGUACCGGGAGGGGGUCGACAAGCCUGACCCGCCGACCUGGAAGACGCGUCUUCGCUGUGCCCUCAACAAGAGCAACGACUUUGAGGAACUGGUGGAGCGCAGCCAGCUGGACAUCUCAGACCCCUACAAAGUCUACCACAUCAUCCCCGAGGGGGCCAAAAAAAGGCCCAGAGAAGAGGACGGUCCUCUGAGUCCCAUGAGCUAUUCUUUGAAUUCAGCUUAUCCUACCCUCCAAACUCAGAUGCCACAGUACAUUCCCUCUCCAGAAUGUGGCUGGAGAGACUUCAGUCAGGAGCAUGCGUCUUUGCCAGAUCUGCCCUUCAGUCAGUGCCCAUGUCCCCCCCGCAGCCUGCCAUGGCAGGGCCAAUCCGGGGAUAACGGAUACCAGCUAAGAGCCUCAAUAUACUCUUAUGGUCCUGCUGACACGCAGCCCUCACCUUUUAGUCUAGACACCAGCAUCCGAUCAGCAGAGGCACUCCGAGACGUACGCCUACAUAUCACAGUAUAUUUGCGGGACACUCUGGUGAGGGAGGUGACGACCUUCAGCCCAGAAGGGUGCCACAUCACUCCGGCUUCCUCAGAGGAUAAGCACUACUUGUCCAGAGGUGGCUGCGAUGUGGUACUGCUUCCUUCGGACACCCUCUCAGCUCUUAGCAGAGCAGAGGAGCGUCCCGCAAGCCCCUUCGCUUCCUUCGAAAGAGGGGUGCUGUGUUGGAUGGCGCCAGAUGGACUCUAUGCUCAGCGACUGUGUGAGGGCAGAGUUUACUGGCAGGCUGGACUGAGCCCCUGUGGUGACAAGCCUAAAAAGCUAGAGAGAGAGGUCACCUGUAAACUACUACACACGCAGGAUUACCUCACAGAGAUCCAGAGUUAUGGGCUCCAUGGUCGACCACUGACCACUCGCUUCCAGGUUCUUCUGAGUUUUGGAGAUGCGUGUCUUGAUCCCCAAAGAACAGCCUUCAAUGUCCAGGUGGAGCCCCUGUUUGCCAGGCAGCUCUUCUACUACGCCCAGCAGACGGGCGGACACUUCUACCGUAGCUACGAGCAUGCAGGACUCACAGAACAUAUUAGCCUCUCGGAGGACUAUCACAGGGCCCUCACACAGCAUCACAGCCUGCAGGAGUGACCCAAGCAGCUUUGUGAACCCUCCAACAAAGCAAGCUCCGAAGAUGUGUUUAUUCUCAGGCAACACAUUUUGCUAUACUGCAAACGUAGAAAUGGAUGUCUGGAACUCUCAAACUGAGAAUGUAUAUAUUGUAGUGUCUUAAUUUUAAGCAAUACAGUUGAACCUCAACAUUUCGAUUUCGGGGGUGGGGGGGAUAUGCCUUGAGUCAGUCACUGAACAUUAUUUCCUCCAUUGUUUGAAUUUUUUCAAAAACUAAUUCAGUUUGGUUGCUAAACAUUUGUAAAUUACAAAGCCAAUGCAAACUAAUGUACUAUCAUUUUGAAAACUCAGUAUGUUCUGGAUUCGAUUCUCAGUGCAACCGUUCCAUUUGUGGAAUAUGCACAUUCUCCCUGUGCUGUGCGUGGGUUUUCUUUAAACGGUAAACGGACUGCACUUAUAUAGCGCUUUAUCUACACCAAGGGUGUCAAACUCUUUUUUUUGUCUCGGGCCGCAUUGUAGUUAUGAUUUCCCUCAGAGGGCCGUUAGAACAGUGAAACCAUAUACAUUUUUAAUCAUCACCAAAACAUAUUAUUACCAUUACACAACAAAUUGAGGGGUAACUAGUUUUGAAAUCAGAAGACAAGGAUAAUAGUUUGUUCAAGUAUUGUUUAAGUUACUGUAGAAGAAGGGUUUGGUCACAGAAAAAUGCAAUAUCUCAACAUUAUUGUUUAUUAUUAUGACAAUUUGGAAUUUGGGUACAGUUUUUAGCAAAAAUCACAGAAGUUGACGAGCAUGAUUUGCUUUCGCGGGCCACAUAAAAUGAUGUGGCGGGCCGCAUCUGGCCCCCGGGCCUUGAGUUUGACACCUAUGAUCUCCACCAUCACAGCGCCCAAAGCGCUUUACAAAGCCUCACAUUCACCCAUUCACACACACACAUUCAUACACCAAUGGGCGACUGCUGCCAGGCCCACUGGGAGCAAAUUAGGGUUCAGUGUCAUCCCCAAGGACACUUUGACAUGCGCAGAGUCGUAGCCUGGAUUUGAACCAGUGACUCACCUGCUCUACCUACUGAGCCACAGCCGCCCGCUCUGUGGGUAAAUCUGGCUGCAUGUUAGGUUAAUGGAAGACUCUUAAGUUGCACGUGUGAAUAGCUGUCUGUGUACCAUACCUCCCGCUCAACAUCAACUGGGAUAGGCUCCGACUCACCCCUGACCCCAAUCAGGACAAGAAUUGAUGGAUGUGUGAAUUCAUUCAUUUUAUAAACGUACUAUAACAUGCAUCAAGCCUACCCAUCUAUGCCAACUUUUACUUUCUAUGCACACUUACAAUCAUGUUGCUCAUUGAACAUAAUGCCAUUUAAAUCGUUGUUUUUGCAAAAGCGAAUGAAAAGCUUCCUGUGAUUACACCGUAGCCUUUUGCAGUGUUUUGCUUUUUAUAAAAGGGGAUUGUUUACGUACAGCUGUCAUUGUUCUAAAUUCAGGAUGAAUUACUUGAAUUAAACAUGCCAAUUGUCCUCUUUUAAAAUUUACAGUCACAUAAUGUAUUCAUGGUUUUGUUUCUAAACCAAGAUAUAUAUACUGACACUGAAUUGUGUGCUAUUUUGACCCGAAUUAGUCCAUCCAUCCAUCUUCUACACCGCUUAUCCUCACUAGGGUCGAGGGUAUGCUGGAGCCUAUCCCAGUUAAGGAGGCGGGGUACACACUGAACUGGUUGCCAGCCAAUCACAGAACACAUAAACAAACAACCAUCCGCACUCACAUUCACACCUAUGGGCAAUUUAGUCUUCAUUCAACCUACCAUGCAUGUUUUUGGGAUGUGGGAGGAAACCGGAGUACCUGGAGAAAAUCCACGCAGGCAUGGGGAGAACAUGCAAACUCCACACAGGCGAGGCCGGAUUUGAAGCCCGUUUCUCAGAACUGUGAGGCAGAUGUGCUAACCAGCCGCACACCAUGCCGCCCCGAAUUAGUC